CCGGCCGGAUUGACGACCAGGAGGCGGCGAAGGUCAAAUGGCGGCGCUGCUCGGCAGGCUCUCGCCUUGGGCUCUCGGCUCCGGAGGGCAACUUUUGCCUAUUUCCCCCCUGGGUGCAGUUGCAGUGAGGUUUGCAUCUAAGAAGAGUGGAGGCAGUUCCAAAAAUCUCGGGGGGAAAAGUCCUGGGAAAAGUUAUGGAGCAAAAAAAUUGGACGGAAACUUUGUCCACGCUGGCAACAUACUGGCAACACAGCGGGUGAUUCGCUGGCACCCCGGGGCUCACGUGGGAAUAGGCCGCAACAAGUGGCUCUACGCGCUCGAAGACGGGAUUGUGCGAUACACGAAGGAAGUCUACGUGCCGCGUCCCCGCAGCAAGGAAAGCACAGAGGUGAUCUGCCAGUUGCCCAGAGGAGCUGUGCUGUACAAAACUUUCAUCAACGUCGUUCCCACUAAAGAGGUGGGGUGUUUCAAGUUGGUCGAGAUGCUCUGAGACUUUUGAGGUCCCCUGGACGACAGCAUGGAACUGGCCAGCUUUAUCUGAGCCCAGAUAUAAACAGGUCUGAAAAUGCUGCUGUAGUUCUGAAUGGACUUCUCCUGCUGGGUCACCUGCGGUUGGCGGUUCGAUACAUUCUAGGGCACCUGGAAUGUAUUCUCAACAAAGGAGAUGAUGUUCAAAUUUCUUUUCCAAAAUAAAAGGGCAGUUCUGUC